CAUCUCACGCCUCAUCUGUCACUAGUCUGACUCAAGUGCCUCGCGUGCUGUUGUCAUUGUGUGCCUCCCUGUCUGUCAAGUGCGUGCGGUCUCUCCUCGUGGUCCAGCUGAUCGGCUACAGUUCCUCACUUAUUGCUCCUCGCGUGCUGUUGUCGUCGAGUGCCUCCAGCUGAACCUGUCUGUCACCGUGCAGUCUGUCCUCGUGGUCCAGCUGAUCGGCUACUGUCUAUUGCUGCUCGCUGAGCCCAUCCAUCCGGUAUCGUACUUCUCUCUCGGGAGCCCCUGUCGUUGUCUGUGUCUGCCUAAACUUUGAAGAUAUGUCAAAGUCAAGGUCAGAAAAUGGACGUGACAAAUCCGGUCGCGAUCUCUCAAAUCGUACCCGUUUGACGACCCCCGUGCCCGAGCAACCACCCCGGCAAAAGUUGGCUUGCAUUGAGUGGAUCAAUGAAUCACCGGAUUCAAUUGAUUUCACUCACAAUGUCCCAUUAGAGUGGGUAAGGGGGUACUCUCCAGAUGAGAAGGACGAGAGUUAUGUGGUCGAGUGGCGUCAAGCACCAAAACCUAAAGGUGGCUGGCACUUCUACGAUGGGAUCAUUCAUGAAGUCAGUGAGGAUGAAGAAUUUCUCAAGAUUGUUAUGAUCAACCUCAAGAGAACCAAGGCUAAAGCUGGACAGUUCAAAGAUAUUCCAAAAUCAGCACCUCAUAUUGACUCGCCAGAAUUUAGGCAAAUGCUUGCUGCAGCAGUGAAGGAUGCUUUGAACCAAACACCUCAGCGGUCAAAAGAGACCAGGGAGGCCAAGGAGAAGGAGAUUGUUCAUUCUACUCAAGCUGAGAAGGUUCAGGUCGGCAAGUCCUUGCUACUGGAUAAAACAUCCUACAACAUCGCUCGGCUAGCCUCCUCUCCUGGUCGGAUGGUUGGCAUUUGCUUGCGUCAAGCCUUCAGCAGGCGAAGGCUGACAAAGAGCUCGUAUGCUGGACAAAGACGAACAAAAGAUGGGAUGUCAGUUACAAAACCAUCGUUGAAGAAGUAUCAGAAAACUCAAGAUAUUCACAAUUUUGUACUGGAAAGAUUUCCACACCUGACUCAAUCGGCAUUUUCUUCAGCGGUUAACUCUUUCUUGGGGGAGAAAGCCAACCAAAUCCGCCAAGUAUCAUAUGUUUCAGAAAGUGAGAGUGAAGUGGAUGAUGAUAUGGAUUAAUUUUGCAUCUCUUGUCUUUUAUUUAAUGGGACAUGUUAAACCAUGUUUAAUGAAUUUCAAAGAAUCUGGCUAAAUUAAAUGAGUAAUUUUAUACUAACUUACCUGAAA